GAAGAGCUCCAAGAUGGCGCUGGCUUCGCUUCAGGGUCAUGGUCAUAGCCAUGGCAACGGCAAUGGACAUGGUCAUAGCCAUGGUAACGGCCUUGGUCAUGGCCAUGGUCCUGGGGGACUAUUUGCUGAUAUGGGUGGUACCUUCGACAAGCCCUACCCAAUACAAUCAUCUGGUCCUUUACAAGCCGAAGUGGCUCCAAGCCCAUUUGGUGAYGCACCAAUGGUAGAAAUGGAUUACAGUCUGUUCGACUUGGUGAAAGCUACGCAGUACGGCAUAUUAAGUAGAGUGAAGGAGCUGGUGGAGAAGGAAGGUGUGGAUCCUAAGCAGACUGAUAAUGAGAAUAUACAAGGGCAUCUACAGAUAGUUAUCUGUUUAAUGAAACACAAAGCAAACCCAGAAAUACAGGAUUUAGCUCUCCAUUGGAGCAUCAUGUCAAACAAUCACAAUGUUCUCCAUCCACUGGCCAAGGCUGGUGCCUCUCUAGACGCUGUCAAUGCCAAGGGUGAAGUACCAGGGGACAUCGCAGCAGAGAAGAAAAACAAAUGGAUAUCUGCACAACUUGAUCUGAUAGCAAGAGACAGGGGGAAAGGAAAGCCAGCAUUUUUACAAUCAUUUAUUAGAGACAAGGAAACACGGCGCUACGUGCUGCUCGUCACUCCUAUAGUAUCGAUGUUCCUGAUUGGUGCCAUCUUGGAAUAUUCUCCCACCUGGUACAUCAUGUUACUUUUACUUGGUGUCUUGUCAUCUGUCAUUUGGUAUAUAAUGAGAUUUUUAAAUAUUCAAACUGAUCCUGGUAAUGUGUUGCCUUGUGCAAUAUACCUAGCAACUAAGUGCUAUAUGUAUACCACUUGGUUUGUUUAUUAUUGGCCCUUCGUGAAAACACCAAAGGUCUUAAUUAUUUUCUUUGCGAAUACUGCUGGCCUGAUGUACUGCUUUUACAAGGCAUGGACAACCGACCCAGGUUACCUCAAGACCACACCAGCCGAGCAAAAACGAACUAUUAUUCAAUUAGCCGAGAAGAAUUCUUUAGACUUUGUUCACUUUUGUUCUACAUGCUUGAUCCGUAAGCCAAUCAGAUCCAAGCAUUGUUCAGUGUGUAAUCGAUGUGUUGCUAGAUUUGAUCAUCACUGUCCCUGGGUAGAGAACUGUAUUGGUUCUGGUAAUCACCAUUACUUUAUCGGAUACCUGUUUUUCCUGUUUGUGAUGAUCAAUGUGUAUACGUAUGGCGCGUUUGUUUAUUACAUCAAUGUGUGCAGUGGAUACACCGGUGGCUGGUGGGAUGCUAUUUCUCGUAGUGCUCAUUGUUCUCCAUGGGUGUCGUGGGGUUUUGGUAACGCCAUGUUUCACUUCUUAUGGGUUGGAGCCUUGUUCUUUUGUCAGUCUUAUCAGUUGUUCUGGGUUGGCAUGACAACRAACGAGCGUCUCAAUAUGGGUCGUUAUUCCCACAUGAUGGAUCAUACUGGUGUACCCAAAAGUCCCUUCAGCCGGACUGUCAUUGGAAACAUUGCUGAUUUUUUUGGCUUUAGUUUCUUUGGUCUAAUAAGACCCAAACGAGUGGACUGGAAGCGACAGUACAGCGUUGAGACCAACUCUUUCAAUCAGCAUGUGUAGGCCUUCACCAUAUAAGGACAUGGAACCUGAUUGGCCAACACAUUUUAUUCAUUACCAAAUAAGGAUAUGGAACCUGAUUGGUUCACACAUCAAACCUGAUUGGCUCAACAUCACUCGUACUUUUCCAUAUAAGUAAUAGAGUCACGCAAUAUCUGUGAAAAAUGGUGACUGGUAUCACCAUAUUAGGAAUAUGUCAUGCCGUAUAGUCGUUAGAUAAUAAGAACAUAGAAAGAACAUAGAUCCCUUACUGAGAUAGUGAACAUGGUGCAAUGUGGUGUAGCUUGAGUACAACUAUCUGUUGUUCAUCAUGCCUUAUAUGGUGUUGAUGAUAGCUAGACCUGGGAAAAGGAACAAGGUGCAUCGUGGUGUAGCUUGGGUACAAACAUCUCAGAUAAGUGUUUUCUUUAUGUUCAUACCCAAGUUAGACCAUCCUGUUUAUCGUACUGACUCAGAAUCAAGACACUUAGAUAUUAGAGUAACUGUUACUGGACAAACUGGGUCCUUCUAUCCUCCGGAUGCUAUGUCGUCAAACAUGAUGACGUAUCUCCAGUGCAUAGAAAGGCCAACCAUACUGAACAAAGCUCCUCUUCGCAUGUAGUAGGCUACUGCAAGAGAUAAGGGGAAAGACUUGUCCCUAGCAUCAG